AUGGUGUUUACCUUCCAGAGGGGUCUCCCCACUCAGACGACCAGGACCCCCAUUUCCACCAGCCUGGCCCAGAUGUCCCAGGUGCAGGAACUCUUCCAUGAGGCAGCCCAGCAGGGGGCCCUGGCCCAGCCCCAGACCUGGUGGAAGAUCCAGUUAUUCGUGUGGGAGCCAGUGCUGUUCGGGACCUGGGAUGGUGUGUUCACAUCCUGCAUGAUCAACAUUUUUGGGGUUGUCCUUUUCUUAAGGACUGGCUGGCUGGUGGGAAACACAGGAGUCCUCAUGGGCAUGUUUCUGGUGUCCUUCGUCAUCCUGGUGGCCCUCAUCACCGUGCUGUCUGGCAUUGGUGUCGCGGAGCGCUGCGGUGUCGGCAGCGGUGGCGUCUACUCCAUGAUCUCCUCGGCCCUGGGUGGGCAGACCGGAGGCACGAUUGGGCUGCUCUACGUGUUUGGACAGUGUGUUGCAGGUGCCAUGUAUAUCACUGGCUUCGCUGAAUCCAUCUCAGGUUUGCUGAGCCUCAGGAAUAUCUGGGCUGUGCGAGGAAUUUCAGUUGCGGUGCUUCUGGCCCUGCUGGGGAUUAACCUAGCAGGUGUCAAAUGGAUCAUCCGCCUGCAGCUGCUGCUGCUGCUCCUGCUGGCCGUGUCCACACUGGACCUCGUGGUGGGCUCUUUCACACACCUGGACCCAGAACACGGUUUUAUCGGAUAUUCCCCGGAACUGCUGUGGAACAACACUCUGCCAGAUUACAGCCCAGGGGAGUCUUUUUCCACUGUCUUUGGGGUGUUUUUCCCAGCAGCUACAGGAGUCAUGGCCGGCUUCAACAUGGGGGGUGACCUCCGGGAGCCCGCCACCAGCAUCCCCCUGGGCUCCCUAGCAGCUGUUGGCAUCUCGUGGUUUCUGUACAUCGUCUUUGUCUUCCUGCUUGGCGCCAUCUGUACCCGCGAGGCCCUUCGCCAUGACUUCCUGAUAGCCGAGAAGGUGUCCCUGGUGGGCUUCCUGUUCCUUUUGGGCUUGUACAUCUCAUCCCUGGCCUCCUGUAUGGGAGGCCUGUACGGGGCCCCCCGGAUCCUGCAGUGCAUUGCCCAAGAGAAAGUGAUCCCCGCGCUGGCCUGUCUGGGGCAAGGGAAAGGGCCAAAUAAAACACCUGUGGCAGCUAUCUGUCUGACCAGCUUGGUGACCAUGGCCUGCGUCCUUGUGGGUCAGGUGAAUGUCCUGGCUCCCAUCGUCACCAUCAACUUCAUGCUGACGUACGUCGCGGUGGAUUACUCCUACUUCUGCCUGUCCAUGGUUUCCUGUAGCCACCCCAAGGUACCUGGGUCCAUGCACAGGGAAGGCAUGGAAGCUCUCCACCGCUCUGAGCACCUGCUGCUGGAAAAGGCGCCUACUUAUGGCUCUGAGGGCACUGCCCGAAGCCUCUCUGAGGGCACUCUGAUGGAAUUCACCAAAGACAUGGAUCAGCUCCUCCAGCUAACCAGGAAGCUAGAGAGUAGCCAGACCAGGCCAGGAGAUGGUGACAGGAUCCCAGAGCAUCAGAAGGGGAAAUGCAAGAAGGCCACCAAGCAAACCCUACAAGAUAGCUUCCUCUUGGACCUCAAGUCACCAGCUUCCUUUUCUCCUGAAGGCCCUGACAGAUUGCCCACUGACUACUGGGAGGGGCAGGAGUCCUUCUGGUUCAACCAGUAUUCCAGGAGUGAAAGUGCUCAGCCUGGGGGAGCAUGUGGAGAGCAGCUUGUCCCUGAGCUAAGCAACCAGCCAGGGCCAGGUGGAGAAGAUUUCUUCCUGAAGCAUAGGCUCCAGGAACAAGACAUUCGGAGAAGACCUACUUCUGUGUAUGCUCGCAUGUGCAAUCCUUGGGUCUCCCUGCUGGGGGCUGUUGGGUCCCUUGUCAUCAUGUUUGUGAUCCAGUGGGUCUAUACCUUGGUUAACAUGUGCGUUGCUGUGGUUGUGUAUUUCUACAUUGGUCGGACCAGUCCAGGGCUUCAUCUUGGGUCAGCCUCCAACUUCAGCUUUUUCAGAUGGAUGAGAUCUCUUCUGAUCCCCUCCUGCAGGAGCUUGCAGACUCCCCAAGAGCAGAUCAUUUUGGCACCAUCCCUGGCUCGGGUUGACAUGGAGAUGACCCAGCUCACCCAAGAGAACGCAGACUUCGCCACUCGGGAUCGCUACCACCACUCCUCCCUAGUGAGUAGAGAACAGCUGAUGCCUCGGUAUUAGGCAGCUGGGGACCCUCCUCUCUUGGAGCUGUCUAGUGCACAGCAGACUCACACCCCAGAGCCUUUGUGGCACUGAUUCUCCUCAGUAAGAAACUCAAAGACCUGUCGUCCCACUGCCAUUUUGGAUGGAAAUCUGCAUUCUGGUCUGGAGCACCACAUCCAAAAGGGCCAAUCACUGGAACAGCAGUGGCUCUGAAAUGCACACCUGGUCGGAAGAGCUCCAUGUCAACUCCAAGACUUGCAGGUGUGGAGAACCAGACCAGACUACUUGUUCCGAGGGCAA